GCGGAAGAAAAAGAGGAUGCGGGUGUAGCAGCAUCCCGGCAUGAUUGAUGCCCCUGCAACAUCCAUCCUCGGAAAACCAUCCAACCACAUUUCGGCCUAGGGAAAGCACGCCGCACUCGAUCCGGCCGCCUCGGGCCUCGCCCCCCGCACCCGCCGCGCACCCGGCAGCCAUUUCCCGGGCAUUUGUCUCUCCUUGUCGUCCGCCUCCCCAUGACCGGAUCCCUCCCUGGCCCCGCGCCCGCCGCAUGGAGCACCUGCCCAAACCCCUACGGGGCCCACCCGUCAUAGUCCCUCCUGGGCCAUAAACCUCCCCCAACCCACCGUACUCUCAAGUCUCAACUACCCCCUUCAAUUCCUCUGCGCCGCGCCGCGCCGCGCCGUUGCAGCAACAGAAUCUAGCGCCCCCACCGCACGCAUGGAUCGCGCCACGCCGCGCGUUUGCGGCCGCCGCGGCGUAUCCCAAGCGGCGGUGGAAGCUGCGCCGUCCUCCUCCCGCGCGCGCCGCCGCGAUAAGGCGCCGGCCGUUGUCAUGGACCUUGGCGACGACGACUGCGGCGGUGGCGGGGCCAGGAAGACGGUUGGUGGCGCUGCAGGUAGGUGCGAGGGAUCCACGAAGGCUCCUUUGCCUCUGCUGCCGCCGAUGAUGGUGCCGGCGGGAGCGGUGGCGCUGCGGACACGAUCGAGGAGGCGGGCGAUGCUGGCGGCGGCAGUGGUGGAAGAGGCGCCAACGAAGAAGAAGAAGAAGGAAGGAGCGAUCCCAGAUGCCGCGGAGGCGCCCCGUGGCCACGGGAGCAAGGCCGCUGCUACCUCGAUGGCGACGUCGAGCCAUAAGCGGCGCGCUGGGACCUCGAGGUCGACGUCGAGAGAUAAGCGGCGCGCGCGCUCGGGACGUGCCUCGGAGCCAGCUCGCGUGGGCCGCGCGCGCAAGCGCAAAAGGAACGAGUUGGAGGCCCCCGCUCGGAGAGAACGUGUGAAGGCGCCAUGUGUCAGUGAAAGUGAUGACAACAGCGGGCGAGGCGAUGACGCUUCUCAUGACGGGGAUGCGGAGCCUCGCGUCGGGGUCGCCAUUGGCACUGAUCUGGUUAACGGGGAUCAUCCGGCAGCUAAAGAGGUAGUGGAAGGUGCUGGUGACGAGGACACAGGGGACGGAGGGAACAGUGGCCUGGCAUCGACUGCUGAUGUGUUUGCUGAGGAGAUGGCACCCUUUGAAGAUGACUACGAUGAUGAGAUGUUGGAGGAGCAGCUUGUUGGAGAUGUGAUUCGUGCUUACAGUAAUGGCAGAAACUUCGAUUCAGAUGGAGUGGAUUGGGAGGCAGAGGAUGAGAUGGAGUUCAAUGACGAUGCUGACAAUAGUGAUUUUAUGGAUGAUGCUGACGAUAGUGAUUUUAUGGAUGAUGCUUAUGAAGGUGGCAAUUCCAAACCAAUUCAAAAUCAUGCUAAGUUGGAAAUACAAGACUGGGUGAACCAGAAAGUUGUUUUGAGUGGAGGGAGGUGUGAGGCGAGGGGCGAGGGGGAUCUGGAGGAAGAAUUGGAUGUGGGAAAGGAAGCAGAUGAGGAGGACGUGGAACCAAAGAGUGAAGCGGCUCCAGGUUCUGAUAAAAGGGUCUUGCAGUUAGAAAUCCUAGGUUCCGAUGAGGAAAUCAAGGUGCUUGAAAAUAUGAGUAGUGCCCCAUCCAGGAAGGCGUCAGUUCAAUCGAAGUUACCAACUAUUCCAUCUUGUGUUGCAUGGAGAACCCGAUCAUCAUGGGGGGUAAAUCAAGAUAGACUAUCGUACGAUACAUAUUUUGAGGAAUUAUCUGAUGAGCCAAAAGAGGAUGAUGAUGAUACAGAGGUGGAACUUGAUGAAGUUGAGGAUGACAACAAUGACGAUGACAGUAGUGAUGCUUAUGAUAAAGAUGACGAAGAGAAGGAGGAAGAGGAAGAAGAGGCUGAAAGAAGAAAACUUAAUAACAGGAUUUGCACAUCCGAUGAAGACAUGAUCAAUAUUACUGUUCCUACAUCAAGAUAUGAUAUGUUUAAGAAAAAAAAUUCCUCAAGAUAUGAUAUUGAGUGGGUGGAGGAUGAAGAUGCAAGUGUUGAUAUGUUACAGCCAGUUUCCUUUAAGAAAGAUAGCAGCUGGAAGCCUGUGGCUGUUGGCAACGACACAUUUACUGAGCAACAAAAGCGAUCACGAUUUACUUGGGAGCUUGAGAGGAGGAAAAAGCUUAAGCUUGAGAUGAAGACAAAUCCUUUGCAUGAGCGGGAUUUGGACUCAGAUCCGAACUCAUCAGGUUCUGACCAGAUCAGAAAGUAUGGUUUCAAAAGUGAUGGGAGUCAUAAAGUUGAUAGGAAAAAGAAGCAUACAUCGCCCAAAUCGGGCAAGAAACCCAGCAGCGCAAUCAUACUAAAGCGGCAGUCUCUUUUGAAGCUUUUGGUAGAUAAAAUGAGUGGUGAUAAAAGUUUAGCAUCUUUUCCAUUUGAUCAGAAUCCUCAGCUUCAGUUUAUUUUCAAAGAAAUGCAUCCAUUGGUAUUUUCAUUUGGAGAUGAAGAUCUAGUAGCAGCUGACAGGCCAGAGCAAGAUGUUGGAUUGGAUAUGUUAUGGGCUGACUUUGACUUUGCUUUAGAGUCUGAGAAUAUCGGUACUUAUUAUGAUGAUGAGUGUCAAGAAGGCAAUCAACUAGAUUUUUCUCUUGCCCCAGUAACACCCUGUUCUCGUGGGAAGCAUGAAUUUGUUAUUGAUGAUCAAAUAGGGAUCAGAUGCAAAUACUGUUCCUUGGUAAACCUGGAGAUCAAAUUCAUGUUUCCAUCACUGGUGUCAGUGUUUGCCGAGAAAUCAGCAUGGCCAAAUGACAAAGGCGUGAAAAAUACACUGAUGUUUCAUGAUCUUUAUGAACAAGGAGUCAAUGACACUGAACAAUCUCAAGAUAUUCAUCAAUAUGGAACGGUGUGGAAUCUUAUUCCAGGGGUCAUCAGUACUAUGUAUGAGCAUCAGCGUGAAGCAUUUGAAUUUAUGUGGACAAAUUUAGUUGGUGAUAUUAGACUUGAUGAGAUAAAGCAUGGAGCAAAACCUGAUGUUGUUGGUGGAUGUGUUAUCUGUCAUGCUCCUGGAACAGGAAAGACACGAUUAGCUAUUGUGUUUAUCCAGACAUACAUGAAGGUGUUUCCAGACUGUCGGCCAGUGAUUAUUGCACCACGUGGUAUGCUCUUUGCUUGGGAUGAGGAAUUUAAGAAAUGGAAUGUUGAUGUUCCUUUUCAUAUACUAAACACAACUGAUUACACUGGAAAAGAGGAUCGGGAGAUAUGCAAGUUAAUAAAGAAAGAACAUAGGACAGAAAAGUUGACAAGACUAGUCAAACUGCUUUCAUGGAACAAAGGUCAUGGUAUUCUUGGAAUAAGUUAUGGUCUGUACACAAAACUGACCUCUGAAAAACCUGGCUGCACAGAAGAAAACAAAGUAAGAAGCAUUCUUCUUGAUAACCCUGGCUUACUUGUUCUUGAUGAAGGACAUACACCUAGGAAUGAACGCAGUGUUAUGUGGAAAACUCUAGGAAAUGUGAAAACUGAGAAGCGUAUAAUUUUAUCCGGAACUCCUUUUCAGAACAAUUUUCUUGAGCUUUACAACAUUCUUUGUCUGGUAAGGCCUAGAUUUGGUGAAAUGUUUUUGACGAAGUCAAGAGUAGGUCGAAGACAUUAUGUCUCAAAAAAGCAAAAGGAUAAGUUUUCUGAUAAAUAUGAAAAGGGUGUUUGGGCAUCACUGACUAGCAAUGUAACUGAUGAUAAUGCGGAAAAAGUAAGAUCAAUAUUGAAACCAUUUGUUCAUAUACAUAAUGGCAAUAUUCUUCGAACUCUUCCAGGACUCAGGGAGAGUGUAAUUAUUCUGAAGCCUCUUCCCCUUCAAAAGAGUAUCAUUAAAAAGGUGGAAAACAUUGGUUCUGGUAACAACUUCGAACAUGAAUAUGUCAUUUCUUUAGCUUCUACACACCCUUCCCUUGUAACCGCCAUUAACAUGUCUGAGGAGGAAGCUUCACUUAUUGAUAAACCUAUGCUUGCUAAAGUGAGAUCAAAUCCAUAUGAAGGGGUAAAAACAAGAUUUGUGAUCGAAGUUGUUCGUUUGUCUGAAGCAUUAAGAGAGAAGGUUUUGAUUUUUAGCCAAUUUAUUCAGCCUCUAGAGUUGAUAAAAGAGCAUCUUCGCAAGUUCUUCAAAUGGAGAGAAGGGAAAGAAAUUCUUCAAAUGGAUGGAAAGAUCCUUCCAAGAUAUCGCCAGGCUUCCAUUGAAGCCUUCAAUAAUCCAAAUAAUGAUUCCAGGGUGUUACUUGCAUCUACAAGAGCAUGCUGUGAAGGGAUUAGCUUGACAGGUGCUUCAAGAAUUGUGCUUCUAGAUGUUGUUUGGAACCCAGCUGUUGGAAGGCAAGCCAUCAGCAGAGCAUUUAGGAUAGGUCAGAAGAAAUUUGUAUAUACAUAUAAUUUGAUAACUUAUGGAACAGGUGAAGGUGACAAAUAUGAUAGGCAAGCAGAAAAGGAUCACUUAUCCAAGUUGGUCUUCUCUACAGAAGACGAGUUCAAUAAUGUUAGGAACAUGUUAUCUAAAGCUGAAAUGGAGCACUGUUCUAAGUUUAUCUCAGAAGAUAAAGUUUUGGAGGAGAUGACUUCCCACGAUCAACUUAAAGGAAUGUUUUUGAAGAUCCAUUAUCCACCAACUGAGUCAAACAUUGUCUAUAGUUACAAUCAAAUUGCUACUGAGUGAAGUCGGUGGUAAUAGUCAGUACCAGAUUGUUUGUCUAUAUCUAUGGCUAGGCAUGCGUGGGAGGACCCUGCAGGCUUCAUUUUCUUUAUUAUUGUCUACCGCACAAUGAAUCUGCAAUUUUGUAUCUUGGGAAGGACUAAAAGCAGAAGUUAAUAAUGGGUGGCAGAGCCACAAUGUACAUGGUGGUUCACAAGGUUGUGGGCAUUACGAUGCCCAUACCUAUAUCCAAAUGUCAUGUCUAAUAAUAAAACUAUUGGACCUUUUUGGCGGUUCAAUUUUAUUUACAUAAAAGACAGCCUCAAUUCGAAUACAUAGGCUCUGCCCCCUUUCAGCA